AUGGGCCAGGGUGAUUUCGGAACUAACCAAUACUAUGUGGAUCGGCUUAAGAAGCGCAAGAGGGUGUUGGCAACAAGUUUGAUAUACCGGGAAAUGGGUGUUGAUAAUCAUGGGGUCCAAAAAAGAGCUGACCAAUCUAUAUCCCAGGGCUUGAUUCCAGGCUCGGCUGCAGACAGAAUCAUUCACUAUGACACGCGAAGUUAUUCAGGACAGUUCUCGGACGACGGUAAUUUCUUUUUCUGCUGUGCACAAGACUUUAAGGUUCGAAUGUACGAUACGUCGAAUCCAUAUGAUUGGAAAUACUACAAAACAGUCGACUAUCCAUUUGGCCAAUGGACAAUUACCGAUGCGACGUUAAGCCCCGACAACCGAUUCCUUGUCUACAGUUCUAUACGAAGCCAAGCAUAUAUGGCCACAACAGACCCCGAGGAUAACUCGGAUCCCAGUGUUCUGGACUUCUCAACAUUACCGGGCCAAGGGAGGCGACGGGGCUUUGGUACUUCACACUUUGGGAUAUGGUCUCUUCGAUUCUCUGGAGAUGGACGUGAGGUUGUCGCUGGUACGUCAGAAGACUCGGUCAUCGUUUAUGAUUUGGAAACGAAACAGCCUGUUUUAAACCUGCGAGACCGACAUCAACAUCAUGUCAACGCUGUUUGCUACGGUGAUACCUCAUCACCCCAUAUUCUGUAUUCGGGAUCUGAUGACACCACCCUCCGAGUUUGGGAUCGACGAUCAAUGGGCGAUGGCCGCGAAGCCGGUGCCUUCAUGGGCCACACAGAAGGAUUGACUUAUGUCGACAGCAAAGGCGAUGGCCGAUAUGUUUUGUCCAACAGCAAAGACCAAACAAUGAAGCUAUGGGAUCUGCGGAAGAUGAUGACAUCCGCUGAUAUCGAGAACAUCGAUCCGGCGGAGUACACUACCGGAUUCGACUACCGAUUCGAGCCAUACCCAAACGCUUACCGCACAAACGCCAAAAACGACUGCUCGGUCGUGACGUUCCAAGGCCACCGCGUGCUCAAGACCUUGAUCCGCUGUCAUUUCUCCCCACCUGGUAGCACAAAUUCGCGCUAUGUGUACAGUGGUAGCGAGGAUGGCAAGGUUUAUGUGUACAAUAUGGAUGCUACACUUGCCGGAACGAUUAAUGUUGGCCAAGCGACUCUCAACUCACGACCACGUGAGCCAGAUGCGUAUGCCACAGCGUAUGAAAUGAGUGGGGAGAUGCUCUGGCGGACUUGCGUUCGAGAUGCGAGCUGGCAUCCCGACGCGCCAGUUUUAGCAGCGACUUCUUGGAAUGGCUGGGGCUUGUCGACUGGCACGUGUACCGUGCAUUCCUGGAAUGCCGGUGCUGCUGACGACGAAGGUGAUCCUCCAGUGGGCAAAAGCUACGACGAUAAGUUGCGAUAUAUCCCCGAGUUUAAUGAUUACCGAGAAAACACUGCGUCGAGGCAUUCCCGGCGUCCGUUGCGCAGCCGGCCUGUCCGCCGUUGGGAACUUCACGAGGAAGGUGAGGAAGAUAUAUGGUGACAUGGGAUGGGGUGGGU